AUGGCAUGGCAUUCCGAGGUCGAGAGGCAAGCACCCAUUCAGCAUGUUCCGUUCGAAGGCCGAGAGGUCGAGCUCAGGUGUCACGGAUCAUUCAAGAUGGCUUGCUCAAGGUUCGUACGAUUCGUGGCGUGCCAUAGCAAGAAGGUGGGGUCGUAUAUCUCUCAUAGGCCAAGAAGCUUCCGUCUCAAGUCCACAGGUGAUCCUGAUGAUCGCCAGUGCAUUGCUGAACCAUCCAAGGUGGUUGUUUCAACACAAGCUCUGACUGAACGUGUCAAUGUGUCCCCUCCGGUAUAUGAUGACCGCCCAUCUGAUUCACCCCCUUCAAGACGCGCGUGUACUCUAUUCCCUCCAGAAGUCUGGUCGGCGAUAUUUUCUGCGUUGCAAGGAGACGCUCUCGAGAACAAGCCAAAUUUAAUGACGACGUGGCAGAACCUAACUUUGACCUGCCAGGCAUUCCGUCAGUUAGUUCAGCCCUUUCUCUUUGCUUCAUUUGUGUUCCCUGCAACAUGUGUUUCCUGGAAUGGCUCUGAGAGACGAACUCGGGCACUCGAUCCGGACAGCCACGCAAGGACUAUGGAGAGAUUGGCCUUUGUGAACCAGGAGAGAAUAGCCCGAGGUGUAAAGACGUGUCACGUCGUCCCGCGCUAUCUGCGACCACUCUUUCUCCACGAUGACUGUCAAGACUCGGAGAAGGAAGAGCUCAUUCUCGGUGCUUUCUUUAGUAGUCUCUUGCCAAGUCUUCCCAAGCUUCAGCAUGUCGAGCUGGCACGCAUCGCACUCAGGCCUUCCCACUUACGCGCUCUUUCACAACCGGGGCUCCCUGUAUGGCUGUCGAUCCACUUCAAUGCCUGUUCCCUCUGGGAAGCAGAGCAGAGUUUGGACAGCUCUGUCCGUGGUGGAAAGAUCGUUGUCGCGCCGAUUCCUGUACGCCACCUUUCGGUGACCGUCGACUCUUGCAGCUCUCUAGUGACUACAUAUCUUCCAUUACCGCACAUGGAGCAUACCGACUUCGCGACUUAUCAGAUUCAUAACUACCUAUUCGAAGCGAUCAUCCUCGAACGCCUUAGUGCGGCGCAAAGUUUUCUUGUUCUCCGCUCCUUAGAGAUCAUCUUUGAGCCAUUCUGUUCUCGAUGCGACUGGCGGCCCUUCCUCGCAUCUCAUUGUUCCUCCCUCACCCGGCUUUCUCUCAUUAACGUAUACGCUGGCUUGCUAUUACUGCCGUUGCCUCCCUUCGCGUGCACCUUGCCCUCUUUAAAGUUCUUCCGCGGCUCGUGGAGCGGCGCGAAGUUAUUCGCGGAGGACCAGCCGGCGUUGCGUCACCUCGUCAUCAGGGACUGGCGAGACAUGAUUGUGUUAGAGGAGAGCGAAGCGCUUGCGAGGUUCGGAGAACUGCGGGAGGUCUUCCGGCAAGUCGUAUCCUUGGAGAUCCACGUUGUGGGCUACACGAAGCAGUUGCUUGAGCAACUGUGCAACUUGCCCAACUUGCGGGCGUUAAAGCUAGACGGCAUCCCCGGUCGGGGUCACGACGACUUGCUGAGUGCGUUGUCUGCGUUGAGAGCGCUUCCGCUUUCGCCAAACAUGGAGUAUCUCAGCAUCCCCACCGAAGACUAUUCCUCUGGUGCCAUCGCAGGCUGUGGCCCCAGGCGGCAAGAGCUGCUGAAGUCGAUGAUUGGUGCAGUCUCGCCCAUUCUUCGUGAGCGAUGCCCGAGAUUGCGGUAUGUGGAACUUAGGUUUCUGGCGACGGCAGGUCACUCGAGCGCAAGGAUAGCAUUUGACCCGAGGGUCGAUAGGAGCAAGUGGGAGAAUCUGCAGAAUAUCGAGGAAUGGCGGGACGCGGAUGGGUAG